UUCCGCGUCGCAGCGCAUGAUUGCUCUUGUUUCACAUCGGAGCUCAUGGUUCUUUAGGCCGACAGCGUGCGUUGUGUGAUUUGGUGCCUGCGUGUUUCUACCUGUGCGCACCAGUGUGGGAUAACAACAACGCGACACUGUGCUGAACCUCAAGAUUGUCACUUCAGUGUCGCUGACCUUCACGACGCUUUAUCUGCUUACCUGAAAGCCGCUGCAAUCUGACUAUAUGCACUGACGUCACUGCAUUGAUGCCGUUCCAGCCGUGCUGCGCGGAAGCGCCGGAUACUAGACAUUCCUUCGGACACAUCAUGGAGCGCGAAGCGCAAGUCACCACAAGUGAUGUUCACGAUGACGAUGAUGAUGAAGAUCUCGAGGAUUGCGACCUCAGUUGUUUCUUGGAAUCGACUUUAUUCAAUUUCGAUGACCCCGGUGAGAAGGCAUCACUACCAGCUUUACUGCCUUCGUCACUGGAUGUGCCACCUGUCAUGUCUUCACCGUUGUCAUACGAGUCCCUGUUGCCAUAUGCCAAAGAACCACUUCACCUCACGCCAGCAAAAUCCCCGGCAAACGAAGUGACAACGAAAGCCCCAGACCGCGCUCUCGCUGAUGUGCUACCGAAGAGUCCAAAAGGUGAACGGUCGCACGGCAAGUCCAAGAACAAGCGGGUGACGUCUUCGUCCUCCUCGCCAUCGCGAACCAAGAAGCCAGGCAUUAGCAGCGUCUCCAGCUCCUCGCGAGGAAAGCUCACCACGGUGUCG